GGUAAACCAUUUCUGAAACGAGGGGGGCAGACAGACACUGCAAGUGCGUUUCCAAUUUCAAUGGCGAAAUCUCUGUAGCAACAAGCGGACACAUACACACAGUGACAGUGAAGUCGCUGCAAAUUUCCUAAGGCAGCGAAAGCGACCCCAAUUAAUGGCUCUUCCUCGGAACCCUACUUUCCCUCUUUCUCUUCUUCUUCUCCUCGUCUUUCUGUUAUCAGCAACAUCAGCGCAACAACAACAAGAAGAAGAGUUCACAGAGGAGUUGCUGAUGAAGCCCUUGCCCGAUCGCAAGGUCCUCGCGCAUUUCCACUUCCAAAGUGAAGCUCCUCUCGCCGCCGAUGAGUCCUCCUUCGCUCGUCACCACCACCUCUUCCCCAAAUCUAUUUCUCAGCUGGUUCAGAAGUAUCAUAUUAAAGCAAUGGAGUUAUCUUUUACACAAGGUCGAUGGAACUAUGAAAGAUGGGGUGGAUUUGAUUCAAUAUCAAGCCACAAUGCAAAGCCUCCAGGUGUUGAAUUGUGGGCAGUUUUUGAUGUCCCUCUACAUCAGGUUGAUGCUUCUUGGAAAAAUUUAACCCAUUCACUAUCAGGCCUCUUUUGUGCUUCAAUCAACUUCCUGGAGUCUUCUACCUCUUAUUCUGAUCCUGAAUGGGCAUUUCAAUCAGCUUUGGGCAGUUUAAGAUAUGGUACACUGCCACGUGAAGCUGUGUGCACUGAGAAUCUUACCCCCUGGUUGAAGCUCCUUCCUUGUCGAGAUAAAGCUGGACUCUCUUCCUUAAUGGAUAGACCAUCUAUUUACAAAAGCUUUUACCACUCUCAGCAGUUGCACUUGACAAUGUCCACAGAUCCUUCAGAUGGGUCAAGAUCAGGAAUUAUUCUAGAACAAACACUUACAGUUGUACUCCAGCCUAAUGAUCAGAAAGCUGGUAUGAGCCAUCUCAGUAAAACAAAGAUACAACCAAGCUGGUCCCUGAGUUCAAUAUUUGGAAGAAAAAUCAGUGGAAGAUGUGUUCUUGCCAAGUUGAGUAAUGUCUACCUUCAUGCUGAGAGAAGUCUAGUCAAUCAACUUGAGAAUCUCCAGAAGAAUACUGUUAAAUUUGCUGCUAAUGACACAGGUCUUGAAGAUUUUAGAAGGAAUGCUGGGUUUGAAUUGUCUGUUACUCCUGAAAGGGUGCAUGCAGAACUGGAAAAGAGCUCCUCAAUUCUGUAUGAAUAUCCAAUCAAAGAAUACACUGACACUGAACAAUUUGAUUUAGGCUUAACAUGGGUGCAUCCAAUUGUUUGGUCCAGCCCACAUGCACCUUUAUAUGCCAGUAGAUUUUUGAUGGGAAGUGGAAAUGAAAGGGGUGCUAUUGCAAUAUCCUUGAAAUCGACAGAAAUGACCCAGGGACUAGUUGCAGCCUAUAAUGUUGAAGAGAGGUGUAAGUUGCAAGUUAAUGUUCUCCAAAUUGUGCCUUGGUAUGUUAAGGUAUAUUAUCAUACUUUGCAAUUAUUAGUUGAUGAAAGGCCUCAAGCACUCACAGAUUUUGUUGAGAUAAUGCGUGUUUCGCCUUCUGAAGACAAAGUAUCACCUGGGGUGAUGGAGCUGGUCCUCCAAUUUCCUUGUGAAAUGAAGUCAGCUGUAUUGAGUAUAGAGUUUGAUAAGGGCUUUUUGCACAUUGAUGAAUACCCUCCAGAUGCUAAUCAAGGAUUUGACAUUCCAUCAGCAAUAAUAAGCUUUCCUGACUUCCAUGCUGGUUUGCAAUUUUCUGAUAAAUCUCAAAGCAAGUCACCACUAUUGUCUAAAUUACAGGAAAGGAGCCCUGUUCUCUCUUACACAGAAGUUUUACUUGUACCCUUGACGACUCCUGAUUUCAGUAUGCCAUACAAUGUCAUCACAAUUACAUGCACAGUUUUUGCCUUGUAUUUUGGAUCUUUGCUAAAUGUUCUCCGAAGACGAGUUGGAGAGGAGGAAAGACUUUUGAAAAACAAAGAUGCAAACAAAACAGUGUUUUUUCGUCGAGAACUAGCUAAACUAUCUGCCAAGCUUAGAGGCAGACCAUUGGAAUUGACUCUGCCCUGUCCAUCAUCAUCUUCGUCAUCAUCAUCCUUUGUUAGUCCUAAAUUGAUUCUUAGAGUACUACUGGUUGCAGGAAUUGCCGUUGUAUGGCAAUACUAUUCACAAUGAUAUCUUCCAACUUGGUAGUUUUACUUGUACUAAAUUCUAAUUGCAUAUAUUUUUUGUACAAUACAAACCUUCCACUGCCCGAUAUGCCUGCGUGCGUUCAUGACUGUUUUUAAUUGAUCAUAACAAUACAUGUACAAGAAACAAAUUGAUUGAUUAUAAAAACAAUUUUGUCCA